CAGAGACCGACCAUCUUUCUCGACGGACGUGAUACCUGUUUCUACACUGACAGCCUCCAGUGGUACUGCGGCACCAAUGUCUACGCAUGCAGAUCACCCUUCCACCGUCUUGAAAGCCUCUUACGUCUCUCCGAGCGGCUCCACCGACUUUCAGCAUGUGAUUGCCAAACCCGCCUCAAGAGCAGUCGGCGCAGAGGCAAAGACUGAAUACUUGCGGGAUCUACGAGCCUCGAGCAGGAAACUACAAGACGAGAUCAAUAAGUUCUUGACUGAUAAAAUGGAGGAAGAUAAACAGGCGCAGAGUCGGGCGAGCAACGGAGGAACCUUGCUGCAGACAACACAAGAGGAGCUAGAGGAGGAAAACUAUGGCGAAGAAGUCGCGGAGGACGACGCAUGAAUAUAUGCACUCCUAUCACACCUCAGGGUAUCUCAAAAUAACAUGGCUCACGCGUAAAUGAGCAAAUCAGCGGUGCUGGCUUUUGCCUGCAAGUUCGGCCUGCUUUCGGACCGCGCAGCCAAGAUGAACAACCGAAUUGCUGUAAAUACGUUAGUUCUCGCAGCGCUGGAAGCUGAUACCAGGACAUCACUCACUCGGGAAAAGCACUGAUGACGCUGCCACCAAGUCGCUUGUGGCAGACUCCACAGACGCGGUCUUCGUCGAUGCGAACUUUCCUCCCUCUACCCCCUGUUUGGCCACCUUCUCCGAGCAGAAGAGCAGCUUGUACGCGAACCGCUUCCGCCUUCCUAAGACCGGCCGAGAUCAUCGAGUCGUUCAGAACAGUGUUGGCGUUGCGCAUCCUCCCACGGAAGUAAAAUUCCAGCUCUUUCACGAACAAAUCCUCGGGAAUCAUCUCCAAUGUCGAGCUCGCGGGUAAUCUGGGACCAUGUCGUGCCAUCAAUUCAAUCGCCGGACCCCACAUUGCCUUUUCCCCCUUUGGAGGGUUCAGGUAGAGGUUCAAGAGGAUAUGAUAAACAGACGGCUGUUCGUCAACGGGGUCUGUUGUCGAUUUUCGCCUAGAUGGAGGCUUGCUGGUGUCAUUGAUAGUCUCUUCAAGAUGAACUUGGUUGCAAUACUCUUCUGCCCUCGCCGGGUCAUGGAGUUUGAAGACAUAAAUUUCCAGGGCUUGCCGAUGAUUCCCCAUCUUGUAGAACACAAUGGCUCGCGGUUCGUAGAAGAGCGCUUGGUCUCUGGGUAGCAAACCCAAGGUCUUUGCCGGAGAGUACUGUUCCGAAGACUUGAGUAGAGUCAACAACUUGUCGAGGAUUUCUUGCUGGUUGGUCGACUGAGCUUGCGUCAAUUCCUCUAGAUAGAGCGUGACCAGACGUUGAUGUAGAUCAGGUGUCAGGUCGUUCAGUUCAUCCACCACAUGCUCAAGAUAUGUUCUUGCCAGUCCUUUGUCGAUGGAUU